AAAAUGAUGCACUAUCGCAAAGGUGAAAACAUUGAGAAACAACUCACUAAGGAGGAACUGCCAUUUGAGGACUUUUUACCCAAAGGCUCUGAUUUCCUUUGGAUGCAUGUCAACGGUGGUACGAAGGUAACAAACGUGGUAACCUAUGCCAAAAAUGCCUUGGACAAAGGUGACUGCAAAAAUAUUGUCUGGAGCGGUCAUGGUGGGGGUGUAGUUAAAACUAUAUCCUGCGCGGAAAUCUUAAAGCGAUCAUAUCCUCUUUACCAAGUGACUAGGAUGUGUUAUACAAGUGUUGAAGAACAUUGGAACCCUCAAAUGGAAGGUCUGGAAGAAAUUGUGGCCAAUCGUCAGAUACCAUCAUUGCAUAUAUUCAUGAGUCUGGAGCCCAUAGAUGACAAUGUUAGCGGUCUUCAGAAACCCAAUUCAAAAACCGAUUUUUGGGUUUACGACCACCAUGCUACGGAUAAUCGAAAUUCCAAUGGAGGCAAUAACAAUAACAACAAUCGCAAUCAAAGGCCACGCAAUGGUGGCAACCAAGGUGGACAAAGAAGGCCGCAAAAACAACGUCCACAACAAACAAAUAACAACGAUGAACAACAACAACCCCAACCCAAUGAUGUAACAAACAGUGCAAGUUCUGGUCAAAUGCACUUGAACAAAUCAAGUAACUCAAGCAAAAGAAGAAAACCACAUCCUAACCAAAAUCGUCCAAAACCACAAAAUAAUGCAACUCAAAGUGUGGAACCCAUGGAAUCUUAAGGUUACUUUUUGAUUUGUAUUUAUUCUGUUUUUGGUGUUCAGGUAUUUUAUAAAUAUGUCAAAUAAAUAUAAACAUUAAAUGUAA